AUGGCUUACCCUUCCCAAGAGUCUGAGCGCAUGGAGAGUCGAGUGGACCGCGGGUUGUCUGAACGCCACGAGGCAUCGGGAUUGGCUGCCGCCACCGUGCACCAGCCAACCAACCCUAGCAGUGUGCAUAGCCAUUUGUUGAACUCGCUUUCGAAAAGCAAUUGCGACAACGGCCAAGAAGUGCAGAAGACGAAUGCAGAACUCAGUUGCGGUUUUCAGCGCGAAGGCUUCUAUGGAGACGACACAAAACGAGGUUUUUCUCUGGUUCCCGACCAGGAUUCGGUUGAUGACGAUGACACCAAGUCCGUGUACGGCGCGCCGAAUUGGGGUGACACGCGACCACAAGAAAGCGAAGACGCUUGCUGUCCUGUGAUCUGGACCAUGACUGCCGAGGAGCUGUUCGGCUUUGACAUCACGUCAACGUGCAGGCCGGAACGCUUAUUGCAAUGCGGACAAGAACGAGUGCCCGUCGAGCCAGCCUCUCCGGAUGACGCUGUGCGGCAGGUACUCCGCGCAGAGGCAAACGCGGCGGAGAUCGUCAAUCGUGCCGAGCGCCUCCGUGGAAUUCUUCGACAGCGAGUUGUUGCUGAAGUGGAGGAUGAAGCGAAACGCUUCACGGCGACCCAGGAGGUCUUAUUCCAAGCCAAGGCUAGAAACUUGCGCGAAGAUCUGGAUGAGUUCGUCGCUCAAGAAUCAGCACGCGUAGACGCCUUUGUGGAACGAACCCACCGGGGGAUCGAGAAGCGCCGACAACGAGCCACGCAGGACAUUGUCGGAGAAGUGUUGAAAGUUGAUGUGUCGUGCCCAAUUGAGGCAGUUAAACGAUUUGGCACGCGGGACCAGCUGGUGGCGUUCGCAGAGGAGCGUAGCAAGCGUGCCAUGCAGGUUAUUCACCACCCUCCCGGGGACGCGAUGGAGAGAGACACAGAUAUCAUAACGUGGGAUGACCAAGGCCGAGCCCGAGUAGAGCAUCGGUCUGCUUCCACCAAACGGCGCAGCGUUACCGAGCUCGGGAGCUUUUGGAUCCGUCAUCAGAGCAGAGCGGAGCAACACUCAUCCAGGCCUCUAGUGUUAUUGAGCACGCGCUCUUGGCACGAGUCCGAUGACGAGAAACCCGCGGAAAGCCACUUUCCGCGUCUGCGUUCGCUUUCAGAGUGCCCACAGGAUAAUCGUGCCAUGUUGACCGAGAGCAGGGGACUCCUAAGUCCGAAACCUGAUCCGUGGUCCCACGACAUCCCUGACGAAGAAGGUUCAUCCUUUCCUCUCUUGGAGAAAGGCCGCCUGUCUUCAGGAGACAGCCCGCGUUCCGUGCAUUCGCCCACGGUGUAUGCAUCGAAAGGGCGUCGUCUAGAGUCCGGACAGGAGUGUGUUCACGGGGAACGCGACUGGGUCUCCGGGCACUAUUGCGCGCUCGAAGAACCCACCACGCAUAGAAAUUCUGAGUGA